CGGACAGUGAGUUAUCUCGCCUUCAGUCGAUGCCCUGAGACCGACAGGUGAGCUGGCGUCGAUCUGCGCGGCACACGAGCUUCGUCUGAGUCGAGAAUCAAGGAACAACGGCGAGGUCCAGCAUGGCUUCCCUGGCAAUAAGAUGCAGCCUCCUUCUCUGCCUUUUCCUGACGAAGGACGCCGAGGGAGCGUGGCUUGGCGCGGACGCGACGGAAAGUCUGCUGAACAGGAAUUCGCUCCUUCAGAGGGCGGAAGAAUUUGAGCCGGAGUCGCGGCGAUACAUUGGUCACUGCGACACCAAAAAUAUUUUCAUGAACCCCGGAUACUCCAGAAACGUGUGGUCGUAUGGUUACACCUAUCUACAGCAGCCGUACUUAGCUGACUGCUAUAUGAAACACGUGUAUAACACUAAGGUGUUUUCGGACCCCUUCUGCAAGUUCGGCUUCGAGGUGACGGGCGAGUUCGAGAGCCACCCGCUGCCGUACACCACCUGCUUCGACACGGACUACCUGCUCUUCAACGACACGGACGGCAACGUUGCCAUGUACUGUGGCUCCUUCAGCGAAAUCAGCUGGGUGACCCCGCACGAUGAGUUCGAACUGAUAUUCUCCACGCAAGCAGACAGUCCUCGGGGUAAAGGAUGGAAGCUAACGAUCAAGAGUUUCAAGAUAUGUGGAGGCGCUCUUUACACCACCGACGGGCCCACCGGCGUGUUGCAAACCCCGGUCACGUCGGGUUUGUAUCCGAACAACUUCGCGUGCACUUGGUACAUCCAGACCACGGAACGAACUUCGGUGAAGAUCGGUUGCGACACCUUCUCCCUGACCGACCCGAUGACCUACCCGAACGGCACCUCGUAUUGCCUGGACUUCGUCUCCUUCACGAGCGAGAACCUCUACUCCACGGACACGACCCGCUACUGCGCGGACGCGCUGCACGACCACAAGUACGUCGUCUACAGCUCCACCUCGUCCCUGCUCGUGCAAUUCCGCUCGGACGAAACUGACCAGGACACUGGCUUUGUCUGCAAUUACGAGUUGAUCCAACAUGCUAAUUAGGGAUUCGAAACAGGGAACCAUUAUGUUACUUUCGAGCUUUCCAAUUUGCGAAUGUCAUUAUUUUUGUUUUGCUUUGUUUUUGAUAGUGAAGGAGCAUGGUGUUCAGAUACAGUUUGCAAAGGCGAUGCAUUAAAUCCAAGGCACUUGUCAUCUGGCAACGCUUUCGGACAAGUCCGAAGAGCUACAAUAUUUGUGAUUAUUUUACAUUUUAUGAUAUUAUGAUUUCCCUAUCUGAAUAUUCAUAGGCACCUGUUGUUUAUGCUGGUCAGAAAAAAAACGGCUGGUAGAUAUAUCAAAAGCAGGUUAUACAAUAUUCAAUUGCUUAACUCUUUUACGUAUUCUUCGUCCCUCUCUCUUUCCUUCUUUUUCUCUCUCUAUUUAUCUAUUUCUAUCUCAUUUUUCCUUCUAUUCCUUUUACAUUACUCUCUCCCCUUUGCCUUCUUAUUCCUAAUAGCUAAUCAUUAACACAAGUCGUUCCAUGAAAGAGCAACAGGGAAAUUUAAUACCUUGUAGUGCGCCAAGGUCAAAUAAAGUUUUAAGGCUGGUU